AUGCCUAAUAACGAAACAAGUUGGACAACAGUAUCAGGAAAAGCAAAGACAAAAGCAGCUCCAUCUUCAAAAUCAUCAGCAGCACCUGUUAUACCAAAAGCGGAAGUAAAAACAAUUAAACUUUCGGAUAGUGCGUUUAGUUCUAUGAAGGAUCGUGUACCUGAUGAAAAUGAUGAAAAUGAAACAGUUACAAAUAAAGCACCAAAACCUAUACCAACUACUGAAAAAAAUACAUCAGUAAAAGCCACUAAACCUAAUAAACCAACUUCAAAUGCAUUAACAUUAAAACAAACACUUCAAAAUAUAAAUGUUGAUAAAUUAAAGCAAUUAUAUAAAUCAUCUAAAGAUAAUUCAUCAAUAUGGGUUGAAAAAAUUUGUUAUGGGUUUAUUGAACAUUUCAAAGAAACAACAUCCGGUUUAAAUGAUCCAACUUUUGCUAAGGAAUCAAGCCAAGAAUAUCCAUUAAAUGCACUUUCAACAUCAGUUCGAGAUUAUUUAAAAGAAAUUUUUGAUACACAAUCAAAAUUAAAAGCUAUUACACUUUGUCGAAAUGGCAUUCUUAAUCCAAAUGCUGAUAUUAAUGGUAUUGUUGGAUAUCAAACAUUAUUACAAUAUUUUCUUCGAAAUCUUGAUGAAUUACCCAAUGAAUCAUUUCUUAAUGAUGUUGAUGAAUUAUCAACAUCACUUAAACGAUAUCAAUCAGAUAAAGUACUUCGAUUACUUUGGGCUUACAGCCAAAUACAAUAUGAACAUCCCGGUUUGGCAUUAGAUAUAUGGUUUCGUUUGAUGUUUCCACUUAUUGAAAAUCGUACAUAUAAUCAAUUUGUUGUGGAAAAUUUAUCUAAAAUUACAACGCGAGAUACUAAAACAAAAAAAUUUCUUCGAACUAAUGAAAUUUUCCCAACGGAAUCUUAUGUGAAACUUUUGGAUUUUGUUGAUCGACCUAAUCCGGCAUUAACAAAAGAAAUGCGUACAUCACUUGCAAAAAGUGCAAAUAAUCUUUCGGAAUUAUUUAUAAAUAAUACAAAGAAUUUAUCUCAACAUUCAAAUGAUUAUUUUAAAGUUUUAUUUCCAGCUCUUUAUAAUGAUAAACAACGGCAAUCAAAAACUCAAGCAAAUAUUGAUCGUAUGAUUGUUGCUUGUUUUACAGACAAAGCAAUAAUAAAAACAUGGUUAUCACUACAUAAAAAAUAUCCACUAAAUUCAUUACAUCUUUUAUCAUUAUUACAUACAAAUGAAAUAUCAACUCCUGGUUUAUCAUCAUCAAAAGAAUUUCGAACGAUUGUUCAACAACUUCGAACUAUUUCCAAUGAAGAAGAUGAUAAAACUGAUCAUAAAGAAUUUUUACGUGUUUACUCAAAAAAUGAUACAGUUGUUGUAAACAAACAUCAAACACGUUCAAAAUCAAGAAUUGGUUCAUUAAUAAAACUUCUUAUUGUAGUUUCCAUUGCAUAUACAAUAUAUUCCAAUUGGUUAUGGUUAACUGUUGCUACUGAUUAUUUACUUGAAGAUUAUCUUAAACAUCCAACAGCUAUUAUUAUUAAAGAACAAUUAUCCAAUGCAUGUGCAGAAACAAAAAAAUUUACUUUAUCAUCAGUGAAGCAUGGUGAAGAAUUUAUUCGUUCAACAAUGAUCAAUAUGGAACCAUAUGUCAUUAAAUUUGGUCAAUAUCUUCAAAAACAAUGGAAUUUAUUAUUGACAUACAUUGAAGGACCUAUUUAUGAUAAAACUGUUGAAAUAGCUGAACAAAUUCAACGAUUAUCAAUAGUUAUAUUUACUGAAAGUGUUCAUUAUUUAAAUAUUUUAUUUGAUUGGGCAAGUUAUUAUACAGCUAAUUUUGCAAGUUUAACUGAAAUUUAUUUAAAACAAAUUUAUGCAAUACUCUACGAUAAAUGGACACAUUUUGAUGGUACACAAUUACGAGAAAAAUUUGAUCAAAUUCGAAUGCGUAUCAUCAAAUCAGUUUAA